UUGAUAAGCUGGGUACCUUGUUUCUAGUUCGCUGAAAGUCGAACGGAAGAGGCAAGAAUAAUCGGAGAUUAUCGUUGUACGCUGCUCGUUCUCCUUUCUGUUCGUUCGCCGAGCAGGAAAUUUACUCGACACAUAUCAGUAAUAUCGAUUUUUACGCAAGUUUUUAUACCAACCUGAUCCAACAGCGGGCAAGAUAUAUGCUCCACUUUUUAGUCCAUGUAUGAUCCACUCUGCGAGGGUUUGUGAACGCUUCGCGAUAAAUCUCCGCAUGCAGGCUGCGUGAAAUUCGCGUCACACCAGGGACCAUCAUCCUGCAGGCAGUACCGCGUCAAUUAUUCUUGCGGAUGGAUGCGCGAUAAUCGUGGUACACGGAAGCUGGCCUGUACCUCUCAAUGAGCUACCUCUGAAUCGCGUUGUCAGUCGUCGUUCUAAGGGAUCAAAUCAUCACAGGAAUCGCUACGUUUCUCUAACGAUCACGACCAAUUUCCCGAUACUAUCCCCUAUUGGUGGGAUUAUCUUCGACGAUACGAUUUUUAAUAGACUCGCACGGAGCUUGCGUGUAGUUGCAAAGACCCUACAAAUCAAUGGUGGAACCGGCGUUCGAGCGUUGAAACGGCUGGACGAGUCGCUCGAUCGCGGAAAGCUUUGCUCGAUAUCGUGCACGAAGAAGAGCAAGUACCACGAGCUCAAUCACUGGAUUCGAUCGUACAAAUGUCGUGGAUCUUCUGCGGACAUUAAGGUCCACCACCCUUCAGUUUGGCUGGAGUAGUUAUUGGUCGUGUCCUCGUCCUCGUCGCAGUCAUCGAAUUCCAAUUAUGUCGCAGCACCGGAGAGGCUCUAUACAUACUGGCAGCCCGGUUCCUGGUCAUCCGGCCACGAACACGUCCAUCCCAUCCUCUCACGAGGUACAAACCAGGGGGAUACCUUUGCCUGGAAUGGUACCAUCGCGCUCUAUCCACGGCAAUCCCAUGCACGGGAAUCCGAUCCACGGGUUCGUCAACCCACUUGGCCCAGCCGGUCUCGUUCAUUCUCCGCCUACACACCAGUCGGUCCUGUCCGGAAUUUCUCAUCACUCGCCGGUCGUGCACCAAGGCGUCGAGAAGAUACAGCCUCCCGGCUCUCCGUAUUCCUCGCACGGUUCUCCGCUGAGAACGCCAAUGAGUUCCGGUCACGGAACCCCGCAGGAUUCGCCCCAUGUGGCCAGGCAUCGCAGGGACUCGGAACACUCGUCCGGCGUUGGGUCGAGGCGAGGCUCGUCGGACGUCGUCUCGCCUCUGCCGGAGGGUCCCUCAGGAUCUCCGGACGCUCGAGCUCGUCGACGAUCGGACUACAGUCCCCAUCAGGUUACGAAGCUGAGGGAGCACUGGGACGAGAUGAACUCGAAAAUGAUGCAGAGGAAGACGGAGUUGGACGCGAUGCUUGGCGACAGCCAGCGAUACGAGGCGAAAAGGAACGAGGUGGAGGUCUGGUUGGCGCGAAUGGAAACUCGGCUGGAGAAAAUGCGGGCCGUCGGGCACACUGCCGAUGUUCUCGAGGCGCAGCUCCGGGAACAAAAGUCGUUCCACGCGGAGCUCCACCAGUACAAGCAUCAGAUCGAGCAGUUCAAUCAGCUCACGCAGAAGUUGAUCGCCGUGUAUCAGGAGGACGACACUACUCGCGUGAAAAAGAUGACGGAGACCAUCAAUCAGAGAUACAACAACCUCAACACCAGUAUCAUCAAUCGAGGGAAACUGCUUCAUUCCGCGAUGAACUCCCUCCACAACUUCGACCGGUCCCUGGACAAGUUCUUGGCUUGGUUGAGCGAAGCUGAGUCCUCGAUGGAGGGAUUGGAAGCGGAGGCCGAUCGACUUGGUGGACGACGAGACCAGGGUGCGCUCAGACGACCGCAACAUCAGCUUAAGGAUCAGCGAUUCACGUUGUUAAUUGUAAAGCUUAUAAAAUUAGAAUUGUUGCUACCAUCUUUGUAG